AUGCGUCCCCUUGCAGGUGGCGGCUUCGCGCAGGCCCUGCGCAAGCAGUGGUGCGACUUUCAGCCCCUUGCCGACGAUGGCCUGGUGCUGUGUCUUCGUGGCUCGGGACGUAUUCUGUUUGCACAGCUGCCGCUGUGCGAGGGCGAGCACGGGCCCGUCUUCCUGUUUGGGGCACAUGAUGGUCCGGUACUGACUCUGGCCACCAACCGGGAGCUGCUGCUGUCCGGUGGGGCCGACGGGUGUGUGCGGCUGUGGGGCCUGGACAGCGGGGCGCUGCUGGACUGCUGCAGGGGGCAGCUGGCGGAGGACGGCGAGGUCACGGCUGUAACUUUCGUCGGCUCGCUCAUGGUCGCUGCAGGCACGCAACAGGGCCACGUGACGCUGUACGACAUCUCCACAUCUCGCCUGGUUGUCGUACAUCGCUUCAGCGCUGGUCAGGGGCCCGUCAUGGCCUUGGCCAGCCGCCUCACCCCGCGUCAGAUGCAUGACGUGGUUACGGCCUCCGCACCACGGGGCUUGGACGGCGGGGGAGUCCUGGCGGCUCCCGUUGGGCUUCCCUGGAGAGACAUGUCCGAGGGGUCGGAGUCGGGCACAGACACGCUGUUGGCGGUGUCCUCCCCUGCCGCCUGGCUCAACGUGUUCCGCGCUGCUCGCAGCGGCGAGGCGGCCUGGCGGGUGGUGCACCACCAGGCCGUGGCAGGACAACCCUUCCUGUCGUUCAGUCCGGAUGGACAGUACAUGGCGCUGGCUGCAGGACUCCAGCAGCUGGUGGUCCACGAGCAGCACUUCCCCCCGGGUGACCUGGUGGGCGGGGGGUUCCUGCCCGCCGCGGCGGGGGGCAGCGCACUAGUGGCCAUGCAGCUGGGGACCACCCUGGCUGGGGGGAUACAACUCAGGCUGUUUGCGGCACCGGCCAGAGAGGAGCCUCAAUCGGUGCAGGAGCAGCUGACCCGGCCACUGCUGGAUCCCAUCAGGAGCAACAACGGCAGUAGCAACAGUAACAGGGCACAGCAGCCGUUAGACGCAACAGGGAUUUGCGCCAACAGAGAUGAAGACUUUCUUACCUGGCUGCAGCACCCAACAACCACCGCCUCCGACGAUGACCCUGGCAGUACCCCGGCACCACCGGCGGCAUCUCCUUCACCAGCACCAGCACCGGCACCGGCAGAAGGCUCAGCCGCCACAGCGGCGCUGCUUCAGGGUCUGUCCCUCGGCUCUAACCGCCUCGCAGGAGCAGGAGCACCAGCAGCCGGGCGAGCCAGCGCCACACACCCGCUUUCCCCCCUUCCGUCACCUUCGCCUUUGCCGCAACCCCACCCGACAUGGGGCUGGGAGGCCUUUGCAUCCUCCCCGCCCACCUCCCAGGAGGCCCCCCUGGUGCACCGCAACGGUGACCCACAUCAGGCUGCUAUUGCGAGACCACACUGGCUCCCGGAAAGCGACGGCGGCCGGCUGCUGGGGGAGCGGAGCCCCUCUGCGGGGCCAUUGGCCGCCACUUCCUGGACCACUAUGACUGGCGGCGGCACUGCUGCUGUCCCUGCCAUGGCGUCGCCAUCAUCAUAUCAGCGACAAGACGCAAGCAGCCAGUCUCGAUCCCCUGGCCCUGUCAGCGUGGGAGCGAUCCAUGGGUCCGCACAUGAGACCGGGCAAGAGGGCGGAGGAGGCGACGCCGCUUGCGACGCGGCCGGCGCCACACACACCUGGCAGGCCUAUCGUCCCGCCACUCAGCCCGCCCCGCGCAGCUGGAUCACCGGACUGCCCCCGCGGGCAGAUUUCCUUCCUCGGCCCGUACCGCCACCACCACCGUUUCAACAAGCGCCACAGACUACCACCAUUAAGCCACUCGCAACCGCACAGCCCGGAAGCCCCUCGGCAUCUCCUGCUGCUACUGCCGCCACCGGGCCCCCUUCGGCAUCACCAGCAACCUCCCCCGUAGGCGGCCAGCUGGCAGCCGGCACCGCGAGCCGGCCCCUCAGGGGGCGCAUUGGCAGCCCCCAACCGGCUGCUAGCUGGGCUGCACGAUACCAAAACACUGUUCUCUCCGGGCUCGUAGCGGAGGGCCAGGAGCAGUCUGGCGAUUGCGUUUCGGAGCCGGAACCAGAGCUGCCUCAUUCAGGCGCGCUACUGCCUGCUAUGGAUCGGCGGCGUGACUCUGCCGCAGUGGCUGUGCCAGCCUUUGGCGGCACCAUUCGCCACACCGCUCCUGUGGAGUCCGCGGACGACGACUACCCGGACUUGGGGCUCGCGACGGAGCCGGAGGCGGUGAACCUGUCGACAACAGUUUGGGCGGCUGUGAUGGCCCGCUGGUGUCUGGUGGAUUUGCGGGACCUGCCAGCUGGCGAGAAGGUGACCUGGACAUGGCGGCUCCGGAGGGCUUCAGAACCCAAAUCAGGCCUCCUUCCUCGCCCGGCCAACGCAGCUCAUCAGAUCCCGCAACAGUCCUGGUGUAGCCAGGGCGCUGACGUGGGAAAUUACAGCAACGAACCCCAAGCAGCAGCAUCCACAGCAGCAGUAGAGGACGGAGGGUUGUUCCUGGGCAGUCAGGCCUGUGGCGAUGCCGCCUUGGAUGACACCUUGCGCGACUGGAGUGGCGGUAGUGGUUUUGGCGAAGAAGACACAGAAGACGACCCCCUGGGUCGAACCGCGUACCUGGGAACUGCAAUCCAGGCCGCGCUCCAGGGAGGGCUUGACACCGCAUCUAACGACCGCGCGGCCGCCGGGGACGCUUUCCGUGGUGGCCCUGCCGACCGGGUCGUACCGACCGAGUCUUUGCCGCGCGCAGAAGCAUUGGGGAAGGAGGAGGAGGCGGAAGCGGCAGCUGCAGCGGCGAAGGAGGAGGAGGAGGCGGAGAGGCCUCCUCGCGGGGUCGUGAGUACGGAGCAGCGGCAUGGGGCUGCCCCUCAUAGCUUCCCACCACCACCGUCACGCGGUCAUUUGAAUGCCGGCGUUGCCCACGCUGCAGUUGCUUCUGGACCCACCGCUGCUGCCGGCACAGAAGCCGCCGAAGGGCCGGUAGAGGCACUCGACGGCAACCGGCGGGGGGCAGCGGCGGAGCUAACCCGGUACCUGGCUCUUCCGUGCGCGCAAGAGGACCCGGAUGAGGACGAGGAUGAGGACGAGGAGGAGAGCCUCCCAGUGCCGCGCGGUGCCGCGGGGCUGCCGUUGCCUCAGCCGGAGUGGUCCCAAGAGCGCCCAAAGCAGCGGUACCGGGACAUUCAGGGCCAGGACAGCCAACCGGCGACAGGAAGAGAGCAGCAGGAGGGCGGGGAGGAGGAGGAGGAGGAGGAAGACGGGGUUUCGUUGCCGCUCCCGUGCGUGAGUCGUAGCGUGGCUUUGGAUGAUUUCCGUGCCUUCCAGCCUCUGCCGCAGGGCGCUGUCGCUGUCACUGCGGUAGCGGCGGCGGCGGAGAAGGACGCGGAGCAGAACCUGAUGUGGGGGGACUGGAGCAACGCAGACUUGCUUAGCAGGCCCGGCACAGUGGACAACGCUGCAGAGGACGCUGUGGAGGGGCGUUAUUCGUUCAGGGGGCUCAAGAACCCAACCGUGUCCAGUAGGCCACACUCACAGCCCCGGCAGCCACCGACCUUCAGGAGCCACCGAAUGGAGCUCACCGCUCUGCCCCGCACCGCAACUGCAGCCAUUGGAGUUAAAAGCUCCGUCGCCGCAUCCGCACAAGAUAUCUGGCCCCCUCGGCAGACGCACGCCGGGCCUCAUGCUGACGUGGCGGCUACCGGCAGCGGCCGGGUCACCGCAUCGGACCGGCAGCUGCCGCGACAGUCUCAGCGGCCGGCCCUGUCGGUGUUUCGAGGCUUCAAGCCCAGCCACACCAAGGUAAAUCAACAGCUGAGGAAGACGCAAGCGCCGACCGUGCGGGCUGUGGCUGAUGCGACAGCAGCGGUGCCACUGCACUCCCGGUACAGUGCGGCAGAUGAUGCGGAGGAUGAGGUUGGCCCAGAGGGCAGCACAUCAAUGGCAGCAGAAGCCUCCGCCGCGAGGCAGGCCUGCGAGUCCGCACGACCCACGGCCAGAAGCUCCUCUGCACGGGUCGGCCAGGUCGCUAUGACAUACAACAAUGGAGACAGCAGUCCCGCGCGCAUUACAGAGUGCGAAGUCCUUGUUGAGGAGGAUGAGGUGGAGGUGCGGGGUGAGGCUAGCCCGCUUGACGUGCCCCGAUUGGGCUCCGGCGUGGGGAUGAUCCUGCGGAAGAUGCAGUCGCUGGCGCAAGUCAUUUCCAGGCCGGUGCCGACGGUAGCUGCGGAACCUCCUGGUGGGCGGCGCCGCGGCGGCGGUGGUGGUCCUGUCGGGAUGUCGGGGAGGGGCAUCGCACUGCCGGAAGGUGAUGGAUUGGAGCCGGGUGUGGGUGAGGCGGUAUGGGAAGAGGCUGCGCGGCGGGCAGCUACCAGCGCUGCCAAUGUACCGCCUUCCGUGCAGCUGUACCGAGGUCUUCCCGUACUGGAGGACCCGGAGAAGCUGCGGCCGAUGCGGGCGGCUAAGCACCUCCACCCCGGUUGGGUGGCGUCACGGCAGCUCAAGCCGGAACUGGAGGCCCUGUGGCGCCCAACAGACCACGCACAUGAGGCGUGCAACACGCGAGGUGUGGCGUUCUACAUGCCCCCCACCACCGCUGAGAUCGCUGCCAGCGCAGUCGCGUUGCAAUGGCUGUGCUGA